CCGCCCGCCCCCCGCCGGCGGGGGCGGGGGGAGGGGGGUCCGCCGGGGGCGGCGGGCAGCGGGCAGAGCCGCGGGCAGAGCCGCCAGCGCCGGGCGGAUCCGCGCUCGCCGCUUGGUCGCCUCGCUGCCGGCGGGCAUUAUGCCGAAGAGAAAGUCUCCAGAGGGUGCUGAAGGCAAGGAUGCAGCAAAAGUAACUAAACAAGAGCCCACGAGACGAUCAGCAAGAUUGUCAGCUAAACCUGCUCCACCAAAACCUGAACCCAAGCCAAGGAAAACCACUAAGAAGGAACCUGGAACAAAGGCCAACAAAGGUGCUAAAGGGAAGAAGGAUGAAAAGCAAGAAGCUGCAAAGGAAGGUACUACACCAUCUGAAAAUGGUGAAAAUAAAGCUGAAGAGAUUCGCAUCUCUCGCUCAACUGUUAGUGUUUCAACAUCCAGAGGUGCCCCACCCAGCACACUGUCAGUAAAAGGGCAGAUUGAAACAGUGAAAGUUAAGGGCUCAGAAAACUGAAUCUGUAGGUGACAAGAAGGAAUGAAAUAUCAUGAAAAUUUUGGGUUGAUUUUAUGUACCUCUUGGACAACUUUUAAAAGAUAUUUUUAUCAAGUAUUUUGUAAAUGCUAAUUUUUUUAGGACUAUGAUAGUUGACAUAUUAAACUGUAUAUGAACAUUUCCCUUCUCAUAACAGUGCUUUUAGAAAUUCCCAUUGUUGCCAAGUAAUAUAAAUAUCAACUUAAUAUUGCAAGGUAUGUGUAAAAUUGGAUCAGCAUUCCAUACACUUGCUUUAAGAAAUUAAGUCUUGUGCAUAUGGUGAUGUUUUUACUGUGCGUAUUUGAAUUUUUCAUGCAGUUUUUCUAGAGCAAUAAUCAGUGGUGCUUUUGUACUUAGGGUUUAUGUGAUUUUAAUGAAACAUGGAUAGAUGUGGCCACCUGCUGACUAUUUUGGGUUCUUUUAAUGGAUUAAAAUAAAAGGUCUCCUUGCCUGCAAAACUACAGCCUCCUAAUGUUUUCUCUAAAUCUGAGGAAUGCCUUACUCAUAUUUUCAGCUGUUACAAGGAAGACUAAUACCCGCACAGGAGUAGCAGGUUGGGAUUUUCAGUGGCCCACAACCUAAGCGACUUUAUAGAUACAUUCUUCAGAUACUCUGUCGUAGGGUGAGUAGAGCUGACAUACUCUAUCAGGAUAUUGUGUCUGUAAUGAAAUAUCAACAGAGAAUGAAUUGCUUGAUUGCUACAGACAUACAGUAACUGUUAAAAACAGCUUUGUUUCUCCUCCCGCUCCCUUUUCAUUAACUAGAGAAGACUUGCAUCAUAUUCUCUGGAAACACUUCUUUCUACCUGUAGUCUCAAAUUUAAUAUAAACAAGUAAUUGCUGUUCUGCUUCAGCUGAGGACAGUUGUUAAUACAUUGAAAUCGCUGUUAAACAGCGCUAUAUAUUUGUUACCUGGUAGAAAUGGAACAAUGAAAGUUAUUUUUGAGGUGAUUGUGGUGAUAUGGUGGAGUAGCUAAUGAUUUUUUAGUAUCCAUGUUUCAACUCUGCAGCUCAUUAUAAGCGCCUUUUAUAAUUUUUCUCCUUCUCUUUUCUCUAGGGGCCCUGGUAUUUCUAUUGUUACUUCUGGGAUGGGAGGGGUGAGAGAAAAAGAUGUUCCCUGUUCUUCAGUAGUAUUGAUUUGUAUUGCUCAAGUGGUGGCCAUUAUGUCUGAGGAUACUUCUUGCUUGUUUAAGUCAAUAAAUGAAUGACUGUUGCUUGA